GCUUCAGAUCAUCAUGAAUCUUCUUCUAUGCCAACUAUAAUCUCAAUUCAUCAUUCUCCAAAUCGGAAUACUUAUGGCUACAUCUACAUUUCGAUCAAGGAAAAACUUAACAUUAAACAACUUCACAUCAACGGUACCUCCUCCUUCUCCCAUUCCCACCGCUAGAGGUUCUCGUUCCGCUUCAAACACUCUCUUCACAGAUUACCUCAAUCGAACUCUCAAGAUCCCCGAUCUCUCCUUCCCUGACUACCUCCACCGUUCCCUUCCUCUCGCGGUUGAUCGUCAAUCAAUCAUCUCUCAAAAUCACGAUUCUAUCAAACUUCUUCUCAGAUCCGCAGCAGAAUUCGGUAUCUUCCGUGUCAGUGGCCACGGCAUUUCCACAGAAGAGCUCCGAUCCGUUCUUCACGACGCGGAUGACAUAUUUCUCAUUCCUGACGCAAGAAGAAAUCGUAAGUGUUAUCUAAGUCACGGUUCCUCAGAUGAAUUUCUAUGGCCGCGGUUUGAGAAUGCAGCCGCAAAGAAGAUCAUCGGUUCCUCCAAGUAUCGCACAUUCAGUUUGAAGAUUAACAAAGUAGCACAAGAACUUAACCUGAUUGCAGAGGAAUUAGCUCAAGUCAUAUCAGAUAGUUCUACAACAAAGAAAAUGAUUCAACAUGAGAUUCAAUCUGUUUUCAGUAUACACAGAUGGAACGACAACAAAUCGGUUUCCAUUGAUGAAGAAAGUGAAUCAACUCAUAACUACAGUAUAAGUCUUCAUCUUCCUGUCGAUGAACGCGAAUUUCCAGUUCAUUCUCAUCGAGGACGUUUAUCCUUCACCGCUAGUCCAGAUGCAAUAAUCGUCACAGUAGGAAAACAACUAGAGGAUUGGAGCAAUGGAGAAUUCAAACAAGCAUUCAUGGAGUUUCCUGAAGAACCAAAUCUGAAUAGGAAUUUGCCUACUUACUCAAUUGAAUUCAAAUGUUCUCCAUCUGCUUUUACUCAAGGGUUUGGAAACAUUCAUAAGAAAAUCUCUUUACCUAAUCAAAUACUACUUCUUCUUCUUGUAUUAGUAUUAUACCAAACUAUACUCCAAUUUGUAUUUUGA